UUUCACAAAAUCAAUAAAAUUAGGGCUUGUGGGUUCUCUAUAAUUUGAGAGGGACGUUUCCGGUUUUCCCCCAAUUUAUAAUUUCGAGGCAUUCUUAGCUUUUCCUUUCAAAUUCCACCCACACCAUCCUCACUCAAUCAUUCUCUCUUCCACCUUCAUAAUUCAACGCUUAUUCUCGCUGUUCUAUUGUGAGUUUUACUGUACUAUUCGUCUGCUUAAUCUCGCUGUUCUACUAAUUUCGAUGUUGAACUUUGUAUGAAGUUCUGUAAUCUGUUGAAGUUGUUUGGUGCUGAGUGACUGUGUGAAUGCUUGAUAGAGUUCGGAACGAAACAAACGGAGGUGGUUUGUAUCCUGUGAAGCAAAGGAAGAUGAGUUUUCAGAAGCUGCCAAAGAAAGAGGAAGAACAAUCGACUGAAUUGUUGCACGGCCGUGCAUCUAAGGCUCAAAGAGUCUCAGCUUCAUCCCCUUCGAUCAAUGGCCGCAGGAAAGUCUCACAUGCAGAUAUUGAACUUGUCCAGAAACUGAUUGAAAGGUGUCUGGUAUUGUACAUGACUAAGGAUGAAGCAGUAAGCACACUUGUUACUCGUGGACAACUGGAGCCACAUUUUAUAACCCUCGUGUGGCAGAGACUGGAAGAAGAAAAUCCUGAAUUUUUCAGUGCUUAUAAUGUACAACUAGUUUUGAAGAAGCAGAUCACAUUAUUCAAUCAACUGUUGGAGCAGCAGUACCAUUUGAUGAGCAGAGAGUACCGUAGUGUUACGCCGCCUUCUUUUAACAAUAGUCUCAGUCACAUGCCUGUGAAGUCAUCAUUUGGAUAUCCUUCCCAACAACCUUAUCUUCCAUCUAGAGGUGCUUCAAAUAUGGAACCAUUGUGCUACGGGUCUCGAUAUCAUGUGGUAGAUGGAAUUCCUGCGGCAGGCAACUUUUAUUCCAAUCCACCGAAUAUCAGAUAUGCUGCUUGUGACAACCAUGAGAUGGAUAUAGAUCCCUAUGAUCAAUUCUUAUUUGAACCGGAUGAGAUUCAGAGUUGUAUUCAACCGAUGGCAUUUGGUGCAACUUUUCCAUUCAAUACGUGCAAGAUAGAAGGGUUCCAACCUGCUGUGGAUGGUGGCAGCGGAAGUUCUUCUGACAAUCUUGUUUCUCACUGUAAUCUAACCAACAAUCUUGAAGAACUUGCAGCAUUACAGAGCUACCAAAGUGCCCUUUUCCCAAUGCCUGAUAUAGUAAAUAUCAUGGGGGAGUCUCCUGAAGAAUGUGAUAUAGUUAACUACUUCAUUGCCGAUGCCCCCUGUCUAGAACCCAAAUUUGGAAUUGGCACGGAGAAAUCAUAGCAGGGGUGAUGAUUACUGUACUGACCUCCUGAUUGAGAAUUGCAUAGGACUAUUACACAAAUUAAGUGAUAGCAAAAAUGGGUUGAUAUAGCUGUGAAAUAGAUAACUAACUAGGUAAUCAACUUUGCGUUGAUGAAGCUGUUUAACAAAUAGGUUUUUUGCAAAGUUUUGUAGUACUAUCUUUAAAAUGUAUUGAGCGAAGCUCUCAUUCUUUGACAUGUUCAGCAAUUAAAUUUGCUUUGAAAAUAUAUGUUUUGGUUUGGAAAUAA